AAAAAACGUAUAUUAAUUUUGAAAAAAAAACUGAUUGGCGCGCAUGUGAGAGUGUUAAGGUCUAUUUUGCUCCAACCCUAAUCUCCUCAAAACAAAUCAACAUCGUUAAAAUUAAAACUUCCACUCUCUCUCCCCCUCUCUAACUUGUUAUUGGAAAAUUUAAAUUCCAGUAGAAAUCCAGGCUCCCUAAACCUAAAAAUCUGAUUCCUUUCCAAUAGCACGAACAUUCAGAUUCCACCUCUAUUCUGUUGUAUUGCUUCUGCUUCCGCCAUGAGAGCAGAUUGACUAAAGCCCUCCCUGCCUUCAACAGCAAACCAGCAUGGUUUCUGACCACCCAACCUGCCCCACCUUUUGAUGUUGAUGUUUCCCCAGACUCUAUUUUUUUGACAAGUGCCUGUUGGUUCAUUGGGGCAAAACGUCGAACAUUUGGGGGGCAAUGCUUGCCUAGACUUCCAGCAGUCCGGGGCUCAAGAAAUUUGGCUCAGGCGGCGGUUUAUGGCGUUGGGGGUCACUUGACCACCUUGCUUUGACGACUUGGCUGACUGCUUAUUGCCGAAAUAUCCUAAGGACAGAGCAGAGCAGAAUUGGGGGUUCUGAUUCAAAAGGUUAGCUUGAAUAAGAUUAUAGUAUUAAUUCCUGGUUAUGUUGAAGCAUUGAUUGUCGUAGCAUUAUAGGGUUCACUGGGAUUUCCUAUUUACUACUUAGUUCAUUGGUUGAUGAACUUCAUAAUUUACCCUCAGUGCUUUGACGGACCCAGGAUCCGAACGUCGUAGGGUCAUAGUGUAAAUAUUCCAAAGAAAAUUUAAGAAUGGGUUAUUUUUCUUAUCUAUUUUUUCUCUUCCAAAUUUUAUUCAUUUCUUGGACAAAUAUACUGUGAAUGAUUUCGAUUGGUCAUUUUUUUAUGUAUGUUUUUGAGUAAUUUCAAUUCGUAAAAUUUCAAGCCAAAAUUUUAUUGUUUAGACUUUUUUGAAUAUUGGUUUUAGCACUGUUAGAAAAACAAGCCAAAAUUUUAUUGGGUCAGAUAUUUUGCCUGCACAUCUAGUUCCAAUCUGUUGGUUAUUGCAUUUUGUUCUAAUUACAAUGAAGAAAAACAAGUUUUUAUUUUUUUUUUGUAUUUUUUUUGUGUGUGUGUGUGUGGAGAAAUUCUUAAGUGUUAAAUAGUGGUGAUAAAAUCAUGUUGUGGUCAUCCUUAGAUAAAAUUACAAGUAAAGCUCAGCAUUCAUGGAUUCUAAUUUCUAAGCCAGUCAUUGAAAUUUGGGAGGAAGAAAUAAUAAUAAAUGGAACAAAGUUGAUUGACUGAUUCCAACAACAAAAUAGGUUAAAAAAGAUUAAAAAGAAAACGCACCAAGUAGGGAAUGGAGGAGGGAUACGGAAGGGUUUUUUAUUUAAAAAAUUUUCCUAGGCCAAAACGACGUCGUUUUGCCUAGGGUGUUUUAAAAAAAACAUAAACGCGCUGCUUCUUCUUCCUCCUCUGCGCAGCUUCCUCCCUCUUCCUCUCAGGCAAAAUAUCAAGCACUUGGAAGGCAGUUCAAGGGGUCACACAGCCAGCUCAAGUGGACUUCCAAGCCUAUUUCCAUGGCUUCCAUGGGGUCGUUUGACCCCAGUGACCCCACUGUGGGUCCGUCUAUUUAGGUUUAUAGUUUGAGACUAUUUCCCAAAAGAAGAAAAAAAAGGUUUUCAAGUGAAUGUGAAUGAGGAUCCUAGUUUAAUAUACAGCCUCAGCACCCAAGAGUUAAAUCUCUUUUCUCUUCAUGAAUGAUUAGAAGUUAUUGUUGCAGGGGAAAGCUCCAGUGUUCGUGUGUUGCCAAUGAAGUUUUCCUGCUUGAGCAAAGGUGGUGGUUACCAUUUCCCACCAUGUCACAUACUCAACAUAUGUGGUUUUAGCAUUUUAUUGGAUUGCCCAUUAGACCUUUCAGCUCUUACAAUCUUCUCCCCUAUUCCUACUAGUUCAAAAGCUAGUUCCUUCGAUGAAGAGAAUCCCAGUUGCCCAAACCGUAGUGAGUCUUCAGAUUUGGAGGAGCCUAUGGUUCGGAAGAGACAAAAAGUCGAAAAGCCCCUGGAUGCUGAUGAUUUAAUUUAUGCAGAGCCUUGGUACAAAACUGUCAAGAACUUGCACCUGUGGAAUGUCUCUUUUAUUGAUGUGGUAUUGAUAUCAAGUCCAACGGGUAUGCUAGGAUUACCAUUUCUUACUCGAAUGAAGGGUUUUUCUGCUAAGAUAUAUGUGACUGAAGCAGCAGCAAGACUUGGACAGCUUAUGAUGGAGGAUCUUGUUUCAAUGCAUCUGGAAAUCAGGCAGUUUUUUGGACCUGAGGAGUCGUCUUUUCCCCAGUGGAUGAAGUGGGAAGACCUUACGCUUCUUCCGUCUUCAUUGAAAAAUGUAGCUUUAGGCAAAGAUGGGGGAGAACUGGGUGGUUGGCUUUCCUUGUACAGUGCAGCUGAUGUGAAGGAUUGCAUGCAGAAGGUUCUGAGACUUAAAUAUGCAGAGGAAAUCUGCUACAACAGCACAUUGAUCAUAAAGGCAUUCAGUUCGGGUUUAGAAAUAGGCUCUUGUAAUUGGACAAUAAAUGGUCCCAAGGGAGGCGUUGGCUUUAUUUCAAGUUCCAUCUUUGAUUCUGCUCAUGCAAUGAAUUUUGAUUACAAUGCUCUUCGAGGGAAUGAUAUAAUAAUAUAUUCAGAUUUCUCAUUCUCGGAUGGUACAGAAGAUGUUGAGAGUGGCUAUGAUAACUCCAUUCCAACUACUUGCAAUCGGUCAUCUCUCAGAAAUUAUGAAAAUGAUUGUCAAGAGUUGGCCAAGUCCUUACUUAAUGUUGAUGAGGGUUUGGAGGAAAGGGACAAGCUAGCUUUUAUAUGCUCCUGUGUCAUUGAUUCCGUAAAAGCUGGAGGUUCAGUCCUUAUUCCCAUUAGUCGACUUGGAAUUGUUCUGCUGCUGUUAGAACAGAUAUCAACUUCACUAGAUGUUUCAACUUUGAAGGUUCCUAUGUAUAUUAUUUCUUCUCUAGCUGAAGAAUUCUUGGCUUUCUCCAACAUCAUACCUGAAUGGCUAUGCAAACAGCGGCAAGAAAAGCUUUUUUCUGGUGAGCCAUUGUUUGCACAUGCCAAGCUUGUAAAUGAGAAGAAGCUUCACGUGUUUCCGGCAGUUCAUUCACCUAAAUUAUUAAUGAAUUGGCAGGAACCAUGCAUUGUUUUCUCUCCUCACUGGAGUCUACGGCUCGGUCCUGCUGUUCAUUUGCUCCAGCGUUGGUCUGGGGAUCAAAACUCUCUACUCAUUCUUGAGAGUGGACCGGAUGUUGAUCUGGCUCUCUUGCCUUUCAAGCCAAUGGAAAUGAAGGUUCUUGAAUGCUCAUUUCUCUCUGGCAUAAGGUUGCAGAAUGUUGAACCGUUGCUGAAGAUAUUGCAACCAAAAGUUGUUCUGCUACCUAAAGAUUUGAAGCAGAUUAGCUCUUUGAAAUCAAAUUCAUGCUCGACCUUUCACUACUGCGUUAAUGAAACGUUACGUAUACCAAGCUUGAAGGACAAUUCAGAACUAGAGAUUGCAACAGACUUAGCUUCCCAGUUUAAUUGGAGGAACUUGAAACAAGAAAAUAUUAAUAUGACGAGGUUAAAGGGAGAGCUUUGUGUAGAUCAUGGCAGGCAACGGUUGUCCACUGGCAAUCAAGAGUCCUCAGAGAGUAGACCGCUGGUACACUGGGGUUCAACUGAUUUGGAGAAGCUUUUGGUUGUGUUAUCAAACAGGGGCAUCAAGGCAACGCUUGGGGAUGCAUUUGGUUCUGAAUCAGAAAGUGCUUCUCUAGUACAUGUCCAUGAUCCCAACCAAGCUCUUAUAGAAGUCAGAACAACAAGCACUGUUAUUAGUACUGCUGAUGAAAGUUUGGCUUCCAUUAUUUUUGAAGCUAUAGAGGCGACAGUGAAGGCGGCCAGAAGGAUUUCUACCUUACUACCUCUCUUUGCUUCAGCAGCUGGACAAAGGAUUAGCUUCCAUAAGUCCUUUCCUUUUUUCCAAAAAUGUUUCUAAUGCUUGCCGACAACAAUUGGUCCAAUUUUUGCAAAUACAACAUAAAGUUACUCUGGAAAGGCAUCUUGGAAUAAAUAAUAUCCUGAAGUGGAAGGACUCUUUUAAUACCUAAGAUUUCCUGGACUGCUCAGAGGAAAUUCUCUUCUUGGAAAGGUAACUUACUGCAGCUCCUAUUGCAAAUAGGGCCCCUAUUUCCAUCCUUUCCACAGAUUUCCUCUAAUAUUGCUGGUAAUUUGUCUUAAUAAUUUGUCUCGGUAAUUUUUCUGGAGAAAGGAUGGACAUAGGGCCCCUCCUAUUGCUUGGAAGGAAAUCUGUUAACCUUGCAGCUCUUGCAAAAUUGGGUUGGAAUGUUCUUAAUUGCCUCAAAAAUGGUGAGUUCAACUUGUAUGAAAAAUUUAUUUGUUUCAUCACUCCUUUUUUGCUGCUCCUAUUAAAUCUGGACAUUCUGCAACCUGGAAAGCAAUUUCGGAGGCUAGAGAUCUACUUUGUAAUGGUAAUGGUGAGCUUAUCUCUUCCUGGACUCAUAUUUGAGUCCUUUUUCCUGUAUUCCAUCUCCUUGAUGUCUCUCAGCAGAGUAAUGUUGAUUAGGACCUAAAGGUUUGUAAUUUAUUCAAGAUGGUCUGUUGGAAUGAGGAAGAUCUUAGAAAAGUUGUGCUUUAUCUUUUGGUCAAAAGAAUAUUGACUAUUCAAUUCCUGCAAGUUUUGUUGUUGGGUUGUAAGUUGGAUUGCUUAGACAGAAAUUCAACUUGCUGGAAUGAAAGCUCAAUGUCCCCUGUGAAAGCUCAA